GGUAAGCAUAAAAAUCACCAACAUUUCGGGAAUGUCGUAGUAUAGCCUACCUGUUCUAAACGUCGACCAUAGAUACAGAACCCUGCUUAAUCGCUAUGAUUUUAGCUGUGUGACGUAAGAGUUGGGACGUCCCAAGGAUCCCGUUAGAAUUUUCCCUGGCAGCUGCGGUCUCAUGAUUAGAACUGUUAAACUCUCCACCCAUUGCCGAACAAAUAUAUAACCCCACAAGCAAUAUAACAUAAAAUAAAAGUUGUUGCGAGCCUUGAUAAAGACAUCUCCUGCAAUGACUGUAGCUUAGUCAAGUGGACAUUCUGGUUGCUUUCUAGACACUGUCUUUUCAAUUUAACCUACAUACUCCAACUUGGGCAGCGGAGUUCAAACCCUCAGAUAUUUUUUUUUGGUCUACAUUAUUGAACUUUGUACCUCAUCAACCACCUGCUAAGGGUACCUCAUCAUGGAUGUCCUUUGCAUAAAAAAUCAGUGUGAAAGAAAUCUUGCUACCCUGCUCUGUAUACUUAGAUAGCAAUUAUUUAUUAUCCUUCCCUUUAGCCUCUUUUUGACCAGAGCUCGGAAAGGAGUAGGAAAUUAGAUUUAUUCUUUGAUUUGAGGCAGGGUACCUGAAACUAAUAUUUAUAGAUCUUCAAAGAAGCAAUAUACCUCACUAUUUAUUAGUUUUAUUAUCUUAAAGGCAUUGUUAAGUUAUUUUGAAACUAUCUUAAUAUAAAAAAAAUUUUAAAUAAAUUUAAACGCACAUCUUUUGGCAAUGGAAUCCAACACUAUAGCAUCCCUAGCAACAGCCACCACUUUAGCCACUGUGGCCUAUUCAAGCGAUAUGUCAGGUUACUUGUGGCUACUGAUCUUAGGCUUUGUCAUUGCCUUCAUCUUGGCCUUCUCUGUGGGGGCCAACGAUGUAGCCAACUCAUUUGGCACAGCGGUGGGCUCUGGCGUGGUAACUCUACGGCAGGCCUGUAUCCUAGCCACUAUCUUUGAGACGGUAGGAUCAAUGCUGCUAGGGGCCAAAGUCAGCGAGACUAUCCGCAAAGGAAUCAUCGACGUGAACAUGUACAACGGCUCCGAACACAUGCUGAUGGCAGGAUCCAUUAGUGCCAUGUUUGGCUCUGCCAUGUGGCAACUGACUGCUUCAUUUUUGAAGCUCCCUAUAUCUGGAACACACUGUAUUGUGGGUGCAACAAUUGGUUUCUCCAUGGUAGCCAAAGGUCAUCACGGGGUCAAAUGGAUGGAGCUUCUACGUAUUGUGGCAUCCUGGUUCCUCUCGCCUCUUUUAUCUGGUAUUAUGUCGGCAAUUCUGUUCUACUUUGUUCGCAAGUUCAUCCUGAAUAAGGAGGACCCUGUUCCCAAUGGCCUGAGAGCUCUCCCUGUCUUCUAUGCUAUCACCAUGGCCAUCAACCUGUUCUCUAUUAUGUUCACUGGAGCUCCCUUGUUGGGGUUUGACAAAAUGCCAUGGUGGGUAACAUUGAUCAUCUCACUUGGCUGUUCCCUCAUCACAGCCUUGGUUGUGUGGUUCAUUGUCUGUCCACGGCUCAAGAAGAAGAUCAGCCGUGAAGUGGCCUCGAACCACUAUGAGACUCCUCUCAUGCAAAAGACCCCCUCCAAACCUGCCCCUCAGGAGCAUCCCUCCACAAUCCAAGUUUGUGACACCGUUCUCCAAACACCGCCAUCUCAUCAAAGGGCGGCCUUUAACAUUGGAGGCUCGGAGGAGGCUGAUUUGGACAGCAACAUGGACUCCAAAGACUUGUGUGCCAGCAAUGGUAUUAAUGGCAGUAUGGGCCCCAUGACCAUCACAGACCCACACAGUGGUCAAGCUCACACAGUGCACAAGGACUCAGGGCUCUACAAAGACCUUCUUCACAAGCUUCACCUGGCCAAGGUAGGAGAUUGCAUCGGUGACGACGAUGGGCGGCCCAUACGUCGAAACAACAGCUAUACCUCCUACACCCUAGCAAUCUAUGGUAUCCAUGACGACCCCAGAUACAAGGAGGGGGAGCUAGUAGAUCAACGCAGGAGACCACGGCUGGAGAGCUACAACAGCUACUGCUCGGCAGUGGUAGAUGGUGGUACUGUUGCUAAGGAUGCAGGAGAGGCUGUGGGGUUGACACUGGAAGCAAGCAAGGACAUACCAUUAGAGGAGGAUGAGUUGGAGGUGGACCGGCCAGAAGUCACACAUCUGUUCCGUUUCCUCCAGAUCCUCACUGCUUGUUUUGGCUCCUUUGCCCAUGGAGGCAACGAUGUCAGUAAUGCAAUUGGUCCUCUCGUGGCCCUGUGGCUGGUGUUUGAGAGUGGUUCAGUGGUGUCUGAUGCCCCCACUCCCAUCUGGCUGCUGCUGUAUGGAGGACUGGGAAUCACUGCUGGACUCUGGGUUUGGGGACGCAGGGUGAUCCAGACUAUGGGCAAAGAUCUCACCCCAAUCACCCCUUCAAGUGGAUUCAGCAUUGAACUGUCAUCAGCACUUACAGUAGUAGUGGCCUCAAAUAUUGGACUCCCUGUUAGUACAACUCACUGCAAGGUGGGCUCUGUUGUUGCUGUUGGGUGGCUGCGUUCAAAGAAAGCUGUAGACUGGCGACUCUUCAGGAACAUCUUUAUUGCCUGGUUUGUAACUGUCCCCAUCUCUGGCCUCAUCAGUGCUGCCAUCAUGUCUCUCUUCACCUUUGUCAUCCUUUGAGGUUUGAAAGGACUGAUAAGUGUCUACCAUGCCUUCUAGCCAGGGAUACUGCUGUCGCCUCACUGACCAUAGUUUAAAUGCACGUUAAAGUUAUCUGUAUAUACAAAGUCCUGUCUUUUUCUGUUUAUACACUGUACUGACCAUGAUUGAAGAUGAUUAUUAGGUCAUGUUGAUUAUUGGUCAUGUAAUGAAUUGCUUGAAGAUGUUAUUUGACAGAUCAUACUAUAAUUAAAAGUUGUACCGGCAAAUAAAUGUAUAAUUCACUUUGCGAUUCAAAAUAAAAUGAUUUUAUCAAC